CGCCGCUGUGCCCACCCCCUAGCCGGAGAGAGUGCUGGUAAGUCCUUCCCCAGAGUCUGGUUACCUGCUCCGCGCGGCCGCGGACACGUGCGGAGGUCCGACUGACACUGGCAGACCCCGCGGGAGGCCGGACGUGACCCGGCCCCUCAGGUGCAAUGAUUGUGGACUGAGACGCGCUCGGGCAGAGGCUGUGUAAUCAUCUCCGCGUCUGUGCAGAAGACUUCGCUUCGGAGAGGGAAGAGGAGGGAUCGGCUCGCUCCUCCGGCGGCAGUGGCGGCGACUCUGCAGGCGGAGUUUUGCUGCGGCACCAAGGUUGCGCCAGCCCCGCGGGGAGGUCGCUCCAUCCAGCCUAGGCGUAGCGAGAACCCCAGCGCCGCAGAGCCCGAGCAGGCUGAGGGCGAGGGAGGGCGAGACUGAGCUCUCCAGAGCCCCGGAGGAAGCGAGCGGCGGCCGCGAGCAAGUCGAACGCACCCCCCGCCCGCCCCAGUGGCGCCACGCCGGGUGGCGUCCAGGCGGCAUGGAGAAGGACGGCCUGAGCCGCGCUGACCAGCAGUACGAGUGCGUGGCGGAGAUCGGGGAGGGCGCCUACGGAAAGGUGUUCAAGGCCCGCGACUUGAAGAACGGAGGCCGUUUCGUGGCGCUGAAACGCGUGCGGGUGCAGACGGGCGAGGAGGGCAUGCCGCUCUCCACUAUCCGCGAGGUGGCGGUGCUGAGGCACCUGGAGACCUUUGAGCACCCCAACGUGGUCAGGUUGUUUGAUGUGUGCACAGUGUCACGAACAGAUCGAGAAACCAAACUAACAUUAGUGUUUGAACAUGUUGAUCAAGACUUGACCACUUACUUGGAUAAAGUUCCAGAGCCUGGAGUGCCCACUGAAACCAUAAAGGAUAUGAUGUUCCAGCUUCUCCGAGGCCUGGACUUUCUUCAUUCACACCGAGUAGUGCAUCGUGAUCUAAAACCACAAAAUAUUCUGGUGACCAGCAGUGGACAAAUAAAACUGGCUGACUUUGGCCUUGCCCGCAUCUACAGUUUUCAGAUGGCUCUUACCUCAGUGGUCGUCACGCUGUGGUACAGAGCUCCAGAAGUCUUGCUCCAGUCCAGCUAUGCCACCCCUGUGGAUCUCUGGAGUGUUGGCUGCAUAUUUGCAGAAAUGUUUCGUAGAAAGCCUCUUUUUCGUGGAAGUUCAGAUGUUGAUCAACUAGGAAAAAUCUUGGAUGUAAUUGGACUCCCGGGAGAAGAGGACUGGCCUAGAGAUGUUGCCCUUCCCAGGCAAGCUUUUCAUUCAAAAUCUGCCCAACCAAUUGAGAAGUUUGUAACGGAUAUUGAUGAGCUAGGCAAAGACCUACUUCUGAAAUGUUUGACAUUUAAUCCAGCCAAAAGAAUAUCCGCCUACAGUGCCCUGUCUCACCCAUACUUCCAGGACCUGGAGAGGCGUAAGGAGAACCUGGAUUCCCACCUGCCACCCAGCCAGAACACCUCAGAGCUGAACACAGCUUGAGGUCCAGCAGCUGGCUUGAGCUGAUCUUCCGCAGAACACCCUUGGCGGCUCAUUUCCCCUGAGCUAGCCCUGCAGAGCUGUUGAGGGUCACUGUCUGGAGGCCUUCCAGCUGCUGUCUUCUGGAUGGGCUCUGCCUCUCCAAGGAAACCGCCUAGUUUACUAUUCUAAAUCAAUGCAAGAGUGAUUGCAGCUUUGUGUUCAUUUGUUUGUUUGUUUGUCUGUUUGUUUCAAGAACCUGGAAAUAUUCCAGAAGAAGAGAAGCUGCUGACCAAUUGUGCUGCCAUUUCACUUUUCUAACCUUGAAUGCUGCCAGUGUGAAGUGGUAAACCGGGCACAGCUGAGUUAUGAUGUAAUCUCCCUGCAGCUGCCGGUCCUGAUUUGGUACUUUUGAGUAUGUAUGUGUGUGUGAGAGAGAGAGAGAUUCUGCGAUCUUUUAAGUGUUACUUUUUGUAAGCAAUAAGAAUAAUUGCAUUUGAAAGACUCGAGGUGAAUGGUAAAAUAACGCAUUUGUUCACUGAAGGUGAUUCACCAGAAUGGUCUUCUCAAAUUAGAAAGUUGAACCUAUGUCCCCAGCAUUUCUUUUCUGGCCAAGAAAGUUUUAUACAUGCAACAAAAGGAAAAAGAAUUCUAAUCUCUUUUAAGAGACCUGUUUUGUUUUUUCGUUUAAGCAUGCAUUCUGUUCGCUCUUCAAACAGCUGAAUUUACUUGUCUUUUUUAACCUUCUGUACAAUAUCAUCUUUAUUGUUUCCUUUGGGAAAUACCCUAUAGGCUUUUAUUACUUGCUAUAGAUUUAGGGAAUG